AUGGUCGCACCAUCGGCCACCCUUUCCACCCUCAAUCGCGCUGAUGGGUCGGCCUCCUACCAGUGUCCUUCAACCGGUUCCAACAUCCUGGGAUCAGUCAACGCCCCCGUCGAGCUCCCUGGUCGCCGUGACGCCCUCAGACCCGAAGAUGCCACCAUCGAAGUUUUCGUGAAGCCGGGCACUGCCCCCGCGGGGGUGGGCGAACGCUACGUCGAGGGCAUUCUGAAAACCCUGCUGGGACGAGUCAUUCUGGGCCGCGAGAAGGGCUAUCCUCGUCGCGGAGUGGUCAUCACGCUGGCUAUCAUUGGUGGUGAGAAUGUCAGCAGAGGGGAUCCGUAUCUGAUCCUGCUCCCCGCGCUUCUCCAUACCGCACUGCUGGCGCUCUUAUCCGCCUCCGUGCCUUUGUCCAUGACUUUCUCUGCUACCGUGCUGGCCGUCGACGCGGCGGGGCAGAUCCUCCGGGAGCCUUCCGCGGAGGAUGCAGCCACCGCGCAGUCCCUCCACGUCCUCGCAUUCUCCUCCAAGGGCCACCUGCUACUGAACGAGAGCCAAGGAGCGUUUGACUUGGACACGUGGGAGAAGGUGCGCCAGCGCGCCUCGGCCAUCUGCCAUGGAACGCAGCUGGUCAGCGCCGACGGCGAUGUCGCGAUGGCGGAGGAUGUCGAUGGCCGGCCUCUGGAGGGAUCCCUGCGGGAGAUGGUCGAGGAUCAGGUGUAUCGUGACUACAACUGGCAGAUCAAUGCUGCUUGA